UGUGAAACGCGGAAUCUUUUUGGCGAGUUUUUAAUAAAUUUCAUUUUUAGUUUGAAAAUUCUUUAUACCAAGACAAUAAUAUGAGCACCACUCAAGCUACGAAAAAUUGCAUCACCUUAAAGGGUUCAGCUCAGUUAAUAGUAGAAUAUUUAAAAUUUAGUGUAAACUCGAUACUAUUCCAAAGAGGAAUUUAUCCGGCUGAAAGCUUUGAAAGUACACAACAAUAUGGUUUAACAUUGCUUUUAUCUCGAGAUCCUAAAAUUGAAGAAUUCCUUCGAAAUGUUUUACAUCAAACGCAAGAAUGGCUUGCGAAGAAUAUGAUUAGUAAAAUCUCUAUGGUCAUAACGAAUGCUCAUACCAAAGAAGUAUUGGAAUGUUGGGAUUUUAAAAUGCAUCCCGAAUUGGGUGACGGUGAGACCGGCGAUAUCAGCAAAUUGACAUCGAGCAAGGAAUUGAAGCGUAUACAAAGCGAAAUACGCGACGUUAUGCGACAAAUAUCAGCAACAAUUACGUAUUUACCUUUAUUGGAUUGCAUUUGCACCUUUGAUAUUAUGAUUUAUACAUUACGAAAUUGUGAUAUACCGGAGAGUUGGGAUGAAACCGGUGCUAUUGUUAUUCAAAAUGCUCAGGCUGUACAAUUACGAUCAUUUUCAACGGGUUUGCAUAAAGUGGAGACAAUCGUUAAUUACAAGAUGACCUCUUAAAACAUAUAAUAUAUAUAUAUAUAUAUGAAUACAUAUUUUUAUUUAUUUUUUUUUUUUUAUAUCAAUUGUUUAAUACAUGUUUUUCGAAUUAUUGAGAAUUAAGUUCUAAAGUAGAAUCUUUUUACCGCGUAUUUUUUCGAAUAAAAUUAAUUUCUUUUCAAUUCGCAUAACUAGAGCCCUAUUUAUCAUGUGCACGUUAUUCGAGUCAUAAAUGUUUUAAAUAAAUUAAAUCGAAUUCUAUUAUUAUAA